AUCAAAUCCUCUCAAACUUCUGCUACCCUCCAUUCCGUGUUCACACAAGGCCAUCGCUAUCAGCGCCAUUCAUCAACUCCCUCGCUGAUCAAUAACCGUCAAGAUGGUUCUCGCGGUCGACCUCCUCAACCCCACGCCUCAGGCUGAGGCUCGCAAGCACAAGCUGAAGACCCUUGUGCCCCAGCCCCGCUCCUUCUUCAUGGACGUCAAGUGCCCCGGCUGCUUCACCAUCACCACCGUCUUCUCGCACGCCCAGACCGUCGUUAUCUGCGCCGGCUGCUCGACCGUCCUCUGCCAGCCCACCGGUGGCAAGGCCCGUCUGACCGAGGGCUGCUCGUUCCGCCGGAAGUAAACGAGACGCGCAAAUGAAAUCUCUUUUUUAUUUUAUGUCUUGUUGAAACGCACAGAGGAUAGCAUGGAGCAAUUAGGAUGAAAAUACCAGUCCCGGGUUUUUGACCUCCGCUUCGGUUCGGUACUUACGGAGACCGCCCGUCAAAAUGUCACAUACCAAAUCAACCCUUUUCUCUUUUACCCACACCUUUUGCCGAAAAUCUUUUUUUUGCUUAUACACGGGAUAACGAUGGAGGAGGAGAGAAGGAGGGGGGAAGCUGCCUUGGGAAUUCAUCGACGAAAGAAGUCAAAAACUCCCCCUUUGGAUUCGAUUCGAAAAGCUAUCCCAUUUCGAGGGGGUGGUCUUUUUUUUCUUUCUUGAGGUUUUCCCACGGGCUGGCUAUGAUAUGUUUACGAUCCAUACCACCUUUCCUUUUCUUUCUUUUUCCUUGUUACCCAUGGAAAUCCCCCCAAAAAAUUUGAGAUGUGACACACUUUGACAAAACCAAACUCCCGCGCUCUUCCAAUCCCUAAUUGCCUUUUACCGUGCUUGAUGAUGCUGUUUUUCCAGCGGUUCGGCUAUUUUGUUUCUUUUAUAUCUUGUUUUCUGUUGCGGAUUGAUGACAGAUAGAAGAUGGAAUGACUCGCGC